AUCAACAACUGUUCAAUGCGCUAGACAUCAUUUGUCUUCAGAUAGCGAAGCUUGCUUACAAUUUACUUCUUGAUACAAAAUGACUACUUCUAAAUUCAUUGUACCGGUACCUAAUAUAGAAGAUCGCGAGUUUACAAAACCAUUGCUAUGCGGACCUGGACCCUGUGACUUAUGGCCAUCCGUCGCUGAAGCUCUCACUAAACCAGUCCUAACGCCCGUGUGCGAUGAAUUUUUUAAUGUUUUGGCUGACAUUAAAAAAGGACUACAGUAUUUGUUCCAAACUAAGAGCCAUCUUGUGUUGGCCAUCAGCGGGUCUGGCUGGUCUGGUGCAGAGACCAUUAUCUCCAACCUCCUGGCCCCGAACGAGACCUUGUUGAUCCCUACGAGAGGAAUCUGGGAUGAACGAGCCUAUGACUCUGCUAAAAGAUACGGUAUUAACGCAGUCCAAAUUCGAACCACUUCAUAUACAACAUUUACCUUGGAACAGAUUGAGAAAGAGCUAAAGAACUUGAAGCCUACAGCUCUAUUCAUCACUCAUGGGGAUUCUUCGACUGGUACCGUUCAGAACCUAAUUGGCCUAGGAGACCUAUGCCACAAGUAUGGGACUCUUUUGAUAGUCGAUACUGUAGUAUCAAUAGGCGGAGUACCUUUUUUAAUGGACGAAUGGGGUGUGGACGCCGUGUACACAUCAUCUCAGAAGGCUCUCAGUGGACCGGCUGGAAUUACUCCAGUUGCAUUUAGCAAAAGAGCUGAAAAAAAAAUUAAUAACAGAACACAUGAUCCGCCAUUUUACUUCGAUAUCAAAUUACUAGCAGCACAAUGGAACUGCUAUGGAAUCACUCGAGCGUAUCAUCACACAAUGAGCCCACCUCAAAUCUGGGCACUUCGAUGCUGUUUGAAAGAAGUUUGCAAAAUAACUCUUCCGAUUUUUUGGAACCAACACGCUGAAGUCACGGCACUCUUUCACAAACGUUUACAGGAAUAUGGAUUUAGUUUCUUGAUACCAAAGCCAGAAGACCGGCUACCGACUGUCACCACUGUGACUUUACCACCUGGUUACGAUUACGCAAAAUUUGUCAAAGUACUCAGAGAAAAGCACAAUAUUUUCAUACUUGGCGGUCUGGGUCCAACAGUGGGAAAAACUUUAAGAGUUGGAAUAAUGGGAGUCAAUUCCACCAAAGAAGUUGCCGAGAGGGUUGCACGAGCUAUGGCGGAGACUUUGAAAUCCCUUAUUAAAUCAUCGUUGUAAUUAAUUACAAGUAGCUAACUAGUACACUACAUAAUGUAUGUGGCUAUGUUAAAUUUAGCUCUUCACCUAGAAAUGUUAAUUCAUCUAUAUAUAUAUAUAUAUAUAAAAAUAAAUGUUUGUCUGUAUGUCAUGUCACGAUUUUCAACAAAGUGAUUUGCAUGAGUCCACAAAGGUUUCGGAGUUGGGACGACCAUAAAAAAUUUUUUUAAGGUGGCGUAGCAACGCGCGUAGGGUACAGGUAGUGAACAAUAAAAAUAGAUUUAAAAAGUA